AUGUCCUACGAUGAGAAACGCUUCUCCGACCUGAUCUACGACAUCUUGCGCCAAAGCGACCUCGAAACCGUCUCUGCAAAGAAGAUCCGCAAUGCUCUCUCCGAGAGACUCGGCUACGACGUUAGCGAACACAAGGUUANNAAAGAGAUUCAGCGCCUGAUCGAGGCUUGCUUCGACAGAGUGACCUCAGAGAACGCGAAUGGUACCAAUGGCGCUUCUCCAUCCCCCUCAGACUCCUCUCCCCAGAAGCGCAAAGAACCCUCUGAUGAAUCAGACUUGUCCGAUGUAGUAGACGACAGACCCAAGAAGAAAGCCCGCAAGCAGGAUGCCGAGGAAGACGAUGCCGCCUAUGCCGCCCGUUUACAACGCGAGGAGAACAGCAGAGCCCGACCCACCAGAGCCGGCGCAACCAGAAAAGCAGCACCCGUCAAGAGAAAGAAGAAGUCGGCCGCUAGAGUGAAAGACGGUAGUGACGUCGAAACCAAUGGAGAGUCAAAGCCGAAGACAGGUGGCUUCCACAAACCCAUGAACCUAUCAGAACCCCUCUCUGCCUUGCUCGGUGAGACUCAACUAUCACGACCUCAGACAGUCAAGAAGAUCUGGGAAUACGUCAAAUCAAGAGACCUCCAAGAUCCCGCCGACAAGCGUCAGAUCGUCUGCGACGACGCCAUGCGCGCAGUCUUCAAGACAGAUCGCGUCCACAUGUUCACCAUGAACAAAAUCUUGAACCAGAACUUGUACGCAGCAGAAGACGUCGUGACCACCACUCCUGCUCCAGCAACAGCAGGUGCAACAUCCGCCCCUUCUUCCUCUCCAGCACCACAGAUGGACUCAUCGCUAUGA